CACCGCCGUGUCUGCUCCUCCUCAGCUGGUAGAUGUAGAUAUUUAACUCUUCUCGGUGACUGUUUUUGUAAUCUUGUAGCUGUUUACGUCUUUAAAAAGUUUUAAAGACGUCUAAUAUUAGAACAGCUAGUGUUAGCAGCUAGCAGCUAACCGGCUAGCCCCCCCUCCUCUCUGCUAGCAUGGAAAGGAGCACCGAGGAGAGAGGAACAGAGGAGAGAUUAAUGGAUCAAUACCUCAAAUCUAAAGGCUUGCAUCGGAGCAAGGUCGCCAAAGAUGGGUCGUGUUUGUUUCGGGCUGUCGCGGAGCAGGUGCUGCACUGCCAAAGCCGCCACACCGAAGUCCGAGCCAAGUGUGUGGAGUUCCUGAAGAAGAACAGAGACAGCUACGAGGCGUUUAUUGAAGGAGACUUUGAGGAUUAUCUGUUGAAGCUUCAGGACCCGCAGCAAUGGGUGGGAGAAGUAGAGAUCAACGCGCUGGCUGUUAUGUACAAGAGGGAUUUUCUGAUCUUCCAGGAACCCGGAAAACCCGCCGUCAACAUCACAGAUAAAAACUUCAAGGAGACGGUUCAGUUGUGUUUUCUGAAUGGAAAUCACUACGACAGUGUUUAUCCCAUCAGCCGCGUUAAGAAUGCCGCCGUCUGUCAGUCCGUCCUGUACGAGCUGCUGUAUGAAAAUGUUUUUAAGGUGGACCGGAGCUCGCUUGGUGUGUGUCAGCGGUCAAGCCGAUUCAACGACCUGCUGAGCGACGACAACAUGGCCGCCUGCGUCAGCAGCGACGAGUCCGACCUCGACGGCAACGAACCGAUCUGGGUGGAAAAUGAAACGAGCACAACAGCUCCGAGAUACAGGGGCCGUGGGCGCGGCCGACAGCUGCCUGAGAGGGUGAGACGCUCUCUGAACCCGACUCUGUUCAGGAACGUCGAAUACGACAUCUGGCACAAGACCAAGAGAGCUCAACAGAGGAUGGAUUAUUCCGUCGCUGUUGGGAUGCAGUACAGUGUCGGAGAUCGCUGUCAGGUCCGUCUUGAAGGCGGUGGACGGAUCUACAACGCCAUCAUCAGGGAGCAACAGCACAGCAACCGUGACUUGGUGACAGUUUACAUUGAUGAACUGGGAAAGAUUAGACAGGUCCCUCUGUGGAAUCUGCGAGCUCCCAGUGAAGAGAGCAGCUGGAGUACUGUGUCAAGAGACAAGAGGCUGAGCAAUGGACACGGAGAUUGGGAGGAGAGGGGUCGAGGAGGCAGAGGCAGGGGGAAGCCCGCUGUUGCCACAGCGACGGCUCCAGGCUCCGGUGGGCGGAUGGUGAAGCAGCAUUCGUGGCCCCCGCAGGCCCCGACGGAGGAGCAGGGAGGCCCCCGACCCAGGCAGAAGUCUGUGAGCUCGGCUGACUGCGGUCUGACGGAGAAGCAGCGUACGGCCAAAGACGAGGAGGAGGAGAAGGAGUUGAACGUGGCGCUGUUGGCGAUCGAGCUCAGGGAUGAACACAGCUUCCCCGCUCUCGGGGCUCAGACGGGAGUCCCGGGAGAAGCAGGGAGGAAGAAAGGAGUCGAUAAGAAACGAUCACUGAGAAACAAGACGAAGAGUCCUGUUGAAGACAUCAGAGCGUCGUCUCCCUCUGCUGGUGAAAGACCCAAAUCCUCCACUCCACCACCUGCAACCACUGCUGCUCCUGCUGCACCUCCUGCGAAUACUCCCACACCCAAUGACCCCACCCCUCCUCCUCUUCCUCCUGCUGCUGUUAAACUUCCUCCUGCUGCUCCACCUUCAUCCUCAGACUCCGGCUCUGCUUGGUUGAGUUCCCUCAAAGCUCCGACAGCCAACAUGAAUGUCUCCUUCUCCACCACCUCCACCACUGUUGCUCCUCCUCCAGUGUCCAGCUCCACCUCCUUCUACGCUGCCCCAACCGAUAAAACAAGCGCACUCUCUUACGCCUCCGCUGUUGGUGCUCCUCUAAGCUCUAAACCUCUCUCCGUCCCGUCGUCCGCCACAUUCUUCUCCCACCUCCCGUCUGCUUUCCCCGCCGCUUCACCACCCCCAAUUCCACCCGCCCUCUCCUCUCCUUCCCCUCCUCCUCCCACCUCCUCUUCUUCUUCUUCUUCUCCUUCUUCCUCGCUCCCACCGCCCACUUUCAUCGCCCCCAUCGCUCCCUCUCCUUUCGCAGCUCAGGGCUUCCUGUCCCGUUCCUCCCCGCCCGUCUCCUCCUUCCUCCCCCACUCCCCCAGCCCACCCUUAUUUCCCUCCUCAGCCCAGAGCACCUCCUUUUCAUCCUUCACACAUCCUCCUCCUCAAGUCCACGAGGCUCCAGCAGCUGCAGUAAAAACUUCAAAUUCUUUGCCGAAUAUCGGAGGUCCUCUGACGGCACCUCAGACCCUCCAAAACCUGCCGUCUCUGUCUCAGAUUCAUCCUCAGGUGUCUCUACCCCAAAACCAGAGCCAGAUCUCUGUGUCCCACAUCCAAACCCAAAGUCAAGCAUCUCUACCCCAAAACCACAUCUCGUUGCCCCAGAUGCAGACCGAGGUUCAGUCUGCCCCUCAUCAGCAUCAGCAUCAGCAUCAGCCUCAGUCUCAAACUGAAAUGGCUUCUGUGCCUCUAAACCAGAUGCAGGCGUCUCUCUCCCAGCCCCAGUCUCAGGCCCAGUACCCCCCACAGUCCCAGUUCUCCUACCCCCACCAUGCCCAGCCCUCCGUCCCCAUCUCUGCCUCUAUGCAGGCCCAGCAGCACCUCCCUGCUCAGCCUCCUCACCCCUCCCAAGUGCCUCACCCCUCCCUCUCCAACUCCCCGCCUCACCCCCCUCUCCAAACCCAGACCCCUGACGCCCAGAACCAAACGGAGGCCCCAUCAACUCCAACUCAACCCGAAUCCCAGCCUCCUCCUUCUCCACCGUCUCACCACCCCCAGCUACAUUCAGCACCUCUCCCCCUUCCCCUCCUGCACCCCACCUCCAUACCAGGAGGCGUUCCUGUGCAGCAGCUGUCCCAGCUCUACCAGGACCUGCUGUACCCCGGUUUCCCCCAGGGAGAGAAGGGCGACGUAGCCAUGAACCCGCAGUUCUCCAAAAGCAAGUCUGGUGCCGACCUGCCCCAAGAUGUCAACGUCUUGAGGUUUUUCUUCAACUUGGGACUCAAGGCCUACACCAUGCCGAUGUUCCAGCCCUACAUGUACCUCUUGCCCCUCCAGCAUGCAUACACUAUGCAGCCUAAGCUCCCUUCUCGCUCCCCCUCUCCAACCCCCAACUACCCUCCACCCAUCCCCUCUCCAAGCCACCAGGAGGUGUUCACGCACCCCCUACCGUACUCUCCCACUUCAGCCUCGGUGGCACCUCAGUAUGAGCCUCAUGUUGCCUCACAAGCCCAGACCCCUGAGCCCCCCCAUCCCAGUGAACCAGCCCAGAAUCUGUCAGGGUACCCUGUCACCCAGCCUCCACCCUCCAGGAUACCCUGGCCACAACACCAGCUGCCCCCACCCAGAAACUCCUCCUUCCCCGUUAGUUACCCGGCCCCAAGUCCACCGUACCCGACCAUGCCAACCUCAACUCAGGGCUACCACCCAGGUCAAGGCUCCAGACUCACAAUGUUCCCCCAGAGUAUGCCUCAUUACUCCUCCUCCUCGCUGGGUUAUCCAUCUUCAGCCACCCCUGAGGAGCACCAGAUGAGGCAUAGACAAAUGGAGCAGAUUCACCCCGGCAACGGGGGCCCCAUGCCUGGACACGGGCCCAGCAGAGUCCCCGGUCCUCUGGAGGCUUCUGCUGCUGCUGACAUGGCUACUGCUAACAGCAGCAGAGUGAUGGUGGCUCCUGGAGCGUCAGGUUUUGGUAUGAAGAAGGAGCAGGGAGAGAAUCUGACUCCGGUGCUGCUAGUCGACCCACCAAUCAACAACAGACCCAUAGUCACCUGGGUUUCUGACCCUGAAGUUAGGGAAUCCUCCGUCUCCAUGAAGACCAUGCAGACCGCCAGCAGCACCUCCGGCUCUCCGGGACGUUAUGACGUCACUUCCAGGAGGUCCGUCGUCCUCAGCGACAACAACCCGACCCGCGUGUACCGGGGCCACCAGCACAAAACGGCCAAUCACAGCAAACCGUACCCCCCCGUAGAGCCAGGUUUCCUGGUAACCGUUACCAUGCCGGAGCCUCUGUCGAUUGGCUGCAGCACGGAGGACGGCUGGGAGGGUUCGGAGGGGUACAGACUGUCCAACCAGAGAGGGAGGAAGAUCUACAGAGGAGGAGGAGGAGGAGGAGGAGGGCGGGGGAGAGGAGGAGGAGGAGGAGGGGGAGGAGGAAGAGGAGGAGGAGGAGGAGGAGGGGGGCAAAGGAGGAGGCAGAUGGGGGAUGCAGGAGCAGGACUUCAGUUUAGCUCCUCCCAACACGGGCGGGGGAGGGGGUACUAGCUCUCAACCAAUGAGAGGAGAGGACAGAGGCGUUUUUCUUUCGUUUCUUCUUCUUUACUGGUUUCUUCUUAUUUGUCUUUUUCUUUUUCUCGUCCAAUCACUUUUUGUCUCCGCCAGAAGAUGCGAAAAUCAGAAGCUGUGUUGUCAAGCGCGUCUAAAUGCUCGAGUUCGCUUCGGAGAAACACGAACACUAUCCGAAUUCUCUCUCGAUAGCUUAGCACGUUAGCAACCGUCAGUCAGCGCGAGUUUACACAUCACGUCACUUUUCUCGUCAGUUUUUAACAGCACAGAGAACAUGAAACUCUACGUGUGUUUUUGAGGAUUUAUAAACAAGCAGCGAAAAGAUUGGCGUCACGUUGAUGCGACAUGACAACACUAACAACGCACUCGGAAGUCAGAUUUAUCGCCACUCUCACGUCUGUACGCUAAUUAUGAAACUACAGCUAGCAGCUAGUUAGCUAAGCUUAGUAUAAAACCUGGAGUUUUUGUACAUAUUGAACAAACAAAGAUAUAAAGUGUGACUCAGUGAGCUUUAAAGCCUUUAGGUUGAUUUUGUUACCUAUUUUGUAGACAGAGUCUUAUGCUAUGCUAAGCUAACCCGCUACUUCUUCGUCUUUAGCUUCAGUUUCGUACAGAUAUGAGCUCAUUUUACAA